CUUAUUUUGGAGUGAAAGUAUAUGCCUGAUGCCCAAAGAAGGCAAGAAACAAGGUGGGCAGAGGGCAGAGCGAGAGGAAGAGGAACAAGACAAAGUUCCACAGACCCUGGACAAAGAUAUUGUCAUCAAUUCUGGAGUGCUAACAACCCUCUUUUUAAAAAGGGAGACGCCAGUUGAGAGAAGUCCAGAGACAGAGAAUUGCUUAGGAUGGACUUCCUUCCUUACUUCUCCAUUGAGACUUGGGCUCUUCUAAUCAUAUCCAUAGGUCUCUUGGUGCUGUAUGGGAUCUGGCCUUAUGGUGUCUUCAAAAAGUUGGGCAUCCCAGGGCCUACGCCAUACCCUUUCCUUGGGACUACCCGGGCCUAUCGCACCGGAAUAUUUGAAUUUGACAAAGCCUGCUUUAAAGAAUAUGGAAAAAUCUGGGGGUUUUAUGACGGCCGAGUGGCUCUUUUGGCUGUCACAGAUCCGGAUAUCAUUAAAGCCGUAUUAGUGAAGGAGUGCUUCUCAGCCUUUACCAAUCGGAGGAACUUUGCCCCAACUGGCAAGAUGGAAAAAGGUGUUUUCUUUGCUAAAGGGGAGCAGUGGAAGAGGAUUCGCACUGUGCUAACCCCAGCCUUCACCAGUGGAAAGCUAAAGGAGAUGCUUCCCAUCAUCCAGCACUAUGCAAAGAACCUCACCAAAUUCCUUUUGGAAAAAGCAGAAAAAGGAGAGCCGGUGGAGAUUAAAGAAGUCAUCGGACCCUACAGCUUGGAUGUCGCCACCAGCAGCUCCUUUGGGGUGACCACGGAUUCCAUGAACAACCCCCAGGAUCCCUUUGUCAGGGAGGCAAAGAAACUUGUGGCAAUUAACUUUAAUUCUCCACUAUUGAUUACAAUAACUAUCUUUCCAUGCCUAACUCCUGUCCUGAACAAGCUGAAUUUUAGCAUGUUUGACACCGGUGCUGUAGAAUAUCUUUCGAAAGCAAUAUUAAAAAUGAAGGCGAAGCGGGAACAAGGCCACGAAAAGGGCCGGGUGGAUUUCUUGGGAGUGAUGAUGGAAACCCAGAAACCAGAGGCAAAAACCAAAAGCAAAGACGGGGAUCACACUAACAAAGCUUUGACUGACGAAGAGAUCCUUGCCCAAGCGAUUGCCUUCAUCUUUGGGGGAUAUGAGUCCAUCAGCAACAUGCUCUGCUUCCUGCUUUAUGAGCUCGCCACGCACCCCGAUGUUCAGCAGAAACUGCAGGAUGAGAUUGAUGCUGUUCUGCCAAACAAGGCUCCCCUUGCUUACGAUGCCCUCAUGCAAAUCGAAUACCUCGAUAUGGCAGUCAGCGAAAUCCUCCGGAUGUAUCCAAUUGGCGGACGCAUUGAAAGGCUUUGCACGAAGGAUAUAGAGAUAAAUGGAAUCCACAUUCCGAAAGGGGUUUCGGUUAUGAUCCCUCCACACGUCUUGCAUUUUGAUCCAGAAGUAUGGGACAACCCUGAAGAAUUUAGACCUGAAAGGUUCAGUAAAGAGAACAAAGAGAGCAUAAACCCCUAUACAUACCUGCCAUUCGGAGCUGGUCCGAGGAACUGCAUCGGGAUGAGAUUUGCUCUCCUUAUCCUGAAGGCUGGUAUAGCGAGCCUCUUGCAGAAUUUUACCUUCAGACCCUGCAAAGAAACACAGAUCCCAAUGGAAAUGGCUUUAACAGGACUGAUGUCACCCAAAAAGCCCAUCAUCCUGAAAGUAAUCCCCAGAGCCAGCUCCGCAGAGUAGUUGAGGCUUUGGGGUAAGGUUUCUGAGCCCUUUGCGGAACAUUAUUUCACCUCUUCUGGGAAAUAUAUUGCCACCAUAUUCUUUUGGAUAUAAUUGUGGUGGCUAUAUAUGCACAGAGUCCCGUAUCCCCUGCCAUGUAAUAGCAUGGACAUCUUUGGGUUGUUGUUGUGUUUUCAAAAGAAGAAAGAAGAAAGGAAGUUGUGAAGGGGUGCCUGCGUUUCCCCCAUUUCCCUAUGGUAAAUAUGUACACCCAAAACACAGGGAUUUUUAAAGUUUAUAUUUGUUUUUUAUUUGUCUAUCUGUUGUUGUUAUUGUUGUUUUCUUUGGGCAUCUUGCUCUGCCAGCAUAAAAGGGAAAGUUUUCCAACCCUCAAGUAGAGGACAACCCACCUAGUAAGUGGCAUAGGCCAGUCCAGGAAGAAACAAGACUUCUGGCCCUGAAAUAAGAGAUAUCCCUUGUAAUAAGUUCUAGUCCAACACUCUAACCACUACACCAUGUUAAAAGUCAGAUCCUUGUUGUUGUUGUUGUUGUUGUUGUUGUUAUGUCCAAGUCAACCCCUACUUACAGCAAUCCUAUGCAAUGGUUUUCUUGGCAAGAAUUCUGCAGAGGAGGUUUGCCAUUGCUUCCUUCUCAAGCUGAGAAAGAGCAUGAGGUUCCCAAAGUCACUCAGUGGGUUUCUAAGUGGGGAUUUGAACCCUGGUCUUCCAGAGUCCUAGUCCAACAUUCAAACCACUGCACCAAAAAAAAAUCUCUUCACUGUUGCUAGGCCUUGAGCCUAUCUAUGGCUUUAGCAAAAGUAUGGUUCAGGCUGCCUUUGACAUUGUAGACCUGGUUUACGUAGGCCUGUUACAGACAGCCAAAAUAAAGCUGCUUUGAGUCACAGUGGAGGUAUGGUGUUUCAAUGAUGCAUGUGUCCUAAGAGUCCAGAAGCCACACCAAAGCCACACUCCGGUCCCUUGAGUCUAGGAAAGUUCUCCCUGCAGCUGGAUGGUACAAAGAGAUGGAGGAAUCACAUCCCAAUUCCAAAAGAAAAGACGUUCCAUCUCAUAUCAGCAUUUUGUAACUGGUCAACAACUCUGUAAUUGGCAUGGGAAUGAUUUCCCCCUUUACUUGGUCCAGACCCCUUUAGGUUGAAUGGUGUGAUGUUUUUCUAGAAGCUUUUGCAGAAGGUGAAAAGCAAUAGAAGAUGCUGCCAAACAAAAGGCUUUUGCUUUGCAGCCUUGCAUAGCCAGUGAAUGUGUAUGUAUGCUUUCUUGCUUUCCUUUUUAAUGUGUUUGAAGCUAGAGUGUGUAUGUAUGCCUUGUCUUUCUUUUAUUUUACUUGCUUCAAUAAAACAACUUUUCUCCAGA